CGUUUAUCUUACCGUAACAUAGAAGUUGUUUAAUAUAACCGCGUUUAACAGUGCCCACCAAAGGUAAUAUCAUUCAAUAAGACAGCUAGCUAGCUAGCUAGCUAGCUCGAUCGUUAGCAUGCUAAUAAGCUUCCAGUAAAAGUAAUGUGGACAUGUCCUGCAGGCAAGGUUCUGGAAAACUUUUCUAAAUAUUUAACAACACAGUCUGUGGAACUUGGUUUUGGUGCCAUAUGUUUAUUUCAGUGCAGUAUUUGUUUUAUUCGAUUGCAGUUAAUUUAAAUUAGUUAGUACAGGUAGCCUAAUGAAAGUGGGCCAGGCACUUCUAGCAUUUACGCUAAGCCCGGUGUAUUUACACUGUUUAUUCUUGUGCUGAUUCAAUUGUACACCGUUUCAAUGAAAAAACAAACAAACGUUUGCAAUGAAAUUAUAGCAGAAUUCAGCUUUGUUGGUACAUUUGGUCAAGACAAUAUUGUGUUACUCUAUUUUAAUUUUACAUUGUUAUCUGCCUGACAAAUGGUUUGCCCGAAUCUAUUAGUCUGACCAGCAAAUGUUUGAUGAAUUGAAUUUUUGUAUUUUUGAGGAAGAAAAUAAUAUUCCUUUGGCUCAGUACUUUCUGAGCCAAAAUAAGUGCUGCCAUAAUAUUGUGCUUGCUUGUCUGGCUGACUUCUUCUCACUUUCCAUUGUAGAUGUUUACUGGUGGUGAUAAUCUCACAAAGAAGAACCAGACUGAGCCCUGAAUCUGAGGCUGCUCCUUUUAUCUGGAGUCAACAAGCCUUGUUUGAAAGCCCAGUGGAUCAAUGAUUAUAAAGACACCAAGUGAAAGGUACCUGAUUGAACCCUCUGGAGACCAAGAAUGGAGUGAGAGAUCCACUUCAUCCUUACAACAGACAUCAAGUGACAGGUACCUGACUGAACCCUCUGGAAACCAAGAAUGGAGUGAGAGAUCCACUUCAUCCUUACAACAGACAUCAAGUGACAGGUACCUGACUGAACCCUCUGGAAACCAAGAAUGGAGUGAGAGAUCCACUUCAUCCUUACAACAGACACCAAGUGACCUGACUGAACCCUCUGGAGACCAUGAAUGGAGUGAGAGAUCCACUUCAUCCUUACAACAGACAUCAAGUGACAGGUACCUGACUGAACCCUCUGGAAACCAAGAAUGGAGUGAGAGAUCCACUUCAUCCUUACAACAGACAUCAAGUGACAGGUACCUGACUGAACCCUCUGGAAACCAAGAAUGGAGUGAGAGAUCCACUUCAUCCUUACAACAGACAUCAAGUGACAGGUACCUGACUGAACCCUCUGGAAACCAAGAAUGGAGUGAGAGAUCCACUUCAUCCUUACAACAGACACCAAGUGACCUGACUGAACCCUCUGGAGACCAUGAAUGGAAUGAUAGAUACACUUCAUCCUUACAACAGACACCGAGUGACCUGACUGAACCCUCUGGAGACCAUGAAUGGAAUGAUAGAUACACUUCAUCCUUACAACAGACACCAAGGGACCUGACUGAACCCUCUGGAGACCAUGAAUGGAGUGAGAGAUCCACUUCAUCCUUUCAACAGACAUCAAGUGACAGGUACCUGACUGAACCCUCUGGAAACCAAGAAUGGAGUGAGAGAUCCACUUCAUCCUUACAACAGACACCAAGUGACCUGACUGAACCCUCUGGAGAACAAGAAUGGAGUGAGAGAUCCACUUCAUCCUCACAACAGACACCAAGUGUUCCGAUCCUGAUGAAACCUUUUGAAGAUCAAGAAAGGAGUGGAAGAUCCACUUCUUCCUUACAACAGACACCAAGUGACCUGACUGAACCCUCUGGAGACCAUGAAUGGAAUGAGAGAUCCACUUCAUUCUUACAACAGACACCGAGUGACCUGACUGAACCCUCUGGAGACCAUGAAUGGAAUGAUAGAUACACUUCAUCCUUACAACAGACACCAAGUGUUCCGAUCCUGAUGAAACCUUUUGAAGAUCAAGAAAGGAGUGGAAGAUCCACUUCUUCCUUACAACAGACACCAAGUGACCUGACUGAACCCUCUGGAGACCAUGAAUGGAAUGAGAGAUAAAUUCUCAAAAUUCUCAAAUUUUCAAAAUUCUCAUUAUUUCCUGGAAUAUCUUAUUUUGAUUAUUUUAUUUUUCCAUUUUUAAUAAAUAAUGCCUUCUUUUACAGGUGGGAAUAAGAGACGCACGUGGACAGAUUAUGAAGUGAAGGCUGUUGAGCGACAUAUGUUUGAUUUCAUAACAAGCCAUAAAGUUUCAGGUAAAACGA